AUGGCCAAGGAGAGCAACAGCCAUUUCCUGCUCGACAUCAAGGCCAUCUGCUCCAAUACCUCUGCCGCCUUUGGCAUCCUCUCCGACAAGUAUGCCGUACAGAAGUCAACAGCCUACUGCGUUCCCGUGGAGAGACAACCUGAGCCCAAGCUCCUGCCCGUCCAGAAGCCCCUUGCCAGCCCAAUGACGUCACGCUGCAAGCAACCAUGCGGGCUGGGUCUGAGGUCGCGCCACGAGUACCUUCUCGCCGGCACCGUCCAUGGCAUCACGGGAGAGUUCUCGUUCCAACCUGGCGUGGCGAUUCGCUGGGCUCGUGCCAAGAGCUACUUCGCGUCCCCACUGGCGACCGCCACCUGUGGACGACAGUGUCGCCACCGGGAUUCGGAGCCGGCGGAGCUCAGAACACGUGAAGUCCAUCAGCUAGUGGCCGAACUGUCCAAGUCGGAAAACAGCUGGAUCGGUCUUACCGAUGUGCGUCGGGCUCCUACCCCACAACAGCCUAUUCCUUACUGGAUCUACGGCAAGCGUACACUGGAGGGAUCCAGCUAUCAGCCGAGAAUCGAAACCGCCUUCUACCAGCAAUGGAAUGGUCAGACCUGCUUCUACAUGAAUGGAACGGGGAGCAUCGUCACCAGCAAAUGCACAAGACGGGUCCGGGCGGUCAUCUGCCAGAAGCCCAGAGCAGAUGUCCAGGUCUGCCCAAGAUGCACUAUCAAGAGAAGGAGUGAGGAGGAAAGGCACCUGGUUGAGAAGUCUCGCUGCAGCGACUUCCUGAUUGUAGCAAGGAUGGCCAAGGAGAGCAACAGCCAUUUCCUGCUCGACAUCAAGGCCAUCUGCUCCAAUACCUCUGCCGCCUUUGGCAUCCUCUCCGACAAGUAUGACGUACAGAAGUCAACAGCCUACUGCGUUCCCGUGGAGAGACAACCUGAGCCCAAGCUCCUGCCCGUCCAGAAGCCCCUUGCCAGCCCAAUGACGUCACGCUGCAAGCAACCAUGCGGGCUGGGUCUGAGGUCGCGCCACGAGUACCUUCUCGCCGGCACCGUCCAUGGCAUCACGGGAGAGUUCUCGUUCCAACCUGGCGUGGCGAUUCGCUGGGUUCGUGCCAAGAGCUACUUCGCGUCCCCACUGGCGACCGCCACCUGUGGACGGUAACAUGCCCCUAGGCAUGGAUACUGGAUGACUGUACUCAGUAACUCUUUGCA